AUUAUCACAUACAAUGAGCGUACAAUGAACUAAACAGAUUUUCACCUGAUAAGCAAUAUUGUGUACGGAUUUAGCUGACAUAAGAGUAAAACAUUCAAAAGACAACUAUUACAAAUCCUAAUUUGACAUGAGUCUUGACAAUAACCUGGAGAGUAAAUAUGACGAUCCCUACCAGGUUCCAAUCAUGGUUGCAAACGAGAAAAAUUUAAAAGGUUAUGGAACAAUCGUUACAGAUUUUGAAAAAGAAAAGGUUGAAAUUGCUCCAUGGCCAGUUAAUGGAAAGCGAAAGUUACAUCCCGGCACAGGGUCACUAGGCGGAACAAGAAGCGGCGAAUUUAUUUGUAAAUGGGAGGGAGACGCCUGCCAAGCAAUUAACAAAGGUGUUGAUGAUACUGUAUUUAUCACCGGUCGGUUGCCAAAUGGUGUCCAAACUCAGAACCGUACGCAUCUUCUGGUUCGGGAAGCAAAUUACCAUCCAGAUGGAGGUCAGGUGUUUUUCCCACGUGAUAAAGACCCAUUCAUCGCCUUGUUGGCACUUCCUGGCGACGAUGUUAAGCCAGAGGAUUUCGUUGCAUUUUAUUUUGACGGAUCAUUUGGAAUACAAAUGUAUACAAAUAUUUGGCACCAAGCUGUUAUUCCAAUAAAUGACCAAGCUGUAUUUUUUACAAAACAAGCUGCAAGUUAUGCAUGCGUUGAUGUAGACACAAUUGGUGAAUUUGGGAAAUAUUUGUCAGUUCCACUGAAAUUGUAACUCAAAUAUUUAUGUACGAAUUUUUUGCUUAUCAUUAUGUUAAACUUUUGUAUUUACUUAUAUCUUAGUGUGACCUUAUAGGUUAAGACAUUUUUUAAGAACGACAGCCUCUGUGAGUGCUAUUAAAAAAUAUAUGAUCAUAUAUAGUAACAACACACCAUUAUCACUUUGUCUAAAGUACACCGGCAAAAAUAGUACUGUGACGGACCACUAACGACAAAUGUAGUAUUUCUAUUAAUUUAUUUAUUAUUUGUAUGUACAUGUAAUUGAGGAAUUAAAAUACAG